AUGGAAGAACACAACGAAACUAAGAACGGCGCCGGUGUGCCACAGGUUGACAAAGGCAACGACAAAGGCCACAGCAACAACGUCAACAAUGUCAACAAGACCAACGAUGUCCCUGGCAUGUACCUCCCCGCCGCCUCCAUCUUCAACAUCCUCCACAACGCAAUCGGCGACGGCCAAGAAACCAUCAAACUCGAAAGAAAAUACCUCAGCGGCAAGCCCAAGUUCACCGACCGCAUCCUCAUCGACGAAGAAGACGUCAAGCUGAUGGAGGAAUGGUCUGACAAGUACGAGGUCACUUCUACCAAGACCAAGCAUCUCCACAAGGUUCUGGCAUCGCUGGAGAGAAAGAAGGUCAAUCAGGGCUAUCAUCAGAGAAUGGUUGAGUGGAUGUUCGAUGCUCUUGACAAGCUCAUGGCUGGUGGUGAGGAUGGGUUUGAUGGUGGUGAGAAGGAGUACAAGAUGUGCAUCGAGAAGCUCGCUGUCUUGACUCUUGAGCUUGCUAGAUGUGACCUCGCAUCCGAGGACGAUGGCGGCAAGAAGUCGGUUUGA